CAUUGAUUGUCUCUCUGUAUGGAGAGUCGGGGGCUCAGUGUCUGUAGAGGAUAUCCUGCUUCUAGUGACAGGCUGACAACUUUCCGGGAGAGGGCUGACUUCUCAGAGCCAUGGCUGGGAACACUGGACUAUACUGGACACAGCCCGGGGCUGCACUGCUCACCGUACUACUCACCUCACUCUCCGCUCCGCCAAGGCUGCUGGCAGAAACUCUGGUGGACGGAUGUGGACACAUGGUUACUAAUGAGGAGAGUGGAACAUUGACAUCUAAGAACUAUCCUGGCACUUACCCCAACUACACCCUGUGCUUAAUAAAGAUCAAAGUGCCCGCUGGCAAAAGUCUAUACCUAAAGCUGGCAGACCUGGAUAUUGAAUCCCAAGACUGUGAAUCUGCUUAUCUCAAAAUUUACAAAGGAUCGUCCAGUGAAGAAGGUCCUUAUUUGGGUUCUCCAUCUGCACCUCAACUUCUGUGCUUGCAGACUUCCUCCAUCAUGCAUUUUGAGAGCAGGGUCCACAUAUCUGGAAGAGGAUUCCUAAUAAAUUUUGCCAGCAGUGAUCACCCAGAUUUGAUCAGCUGCCUGGCACGUUCCAGCCAUUACAAAGAGACAGAGAUCAGCAGGUACUGUCCAGCUGGAUGCAGAGAUGUUUCGGGGGAUAUAUCCGGGGAUAUAAAAGAAGGCUAUAGAGAUACUUCUUUGCUCUGCAAAGCUGCGAUUCAUGCGGGAGUUAUUGCAGAUGAACUUGGGGGUCAAAUUCAUGUCACACAUCAGAAAGGUGCAAGUCGAUACCGAGGGGUUCUGGCAAAUGGAAUCUUUUCAAAGGCUGGCUCACUUUCAGACCGCCGGUUUGUGUUUAACAGCCUUGAUUGCAGCACUUCAUUGACUGCAGGGCACAGUCAAGAGAAAUUUUCAGCUACCUCAUCCUGGGAAUUCAGAAGUGAGAAUGGGGAGACGGUGGUCUGGUCCCCUGGGAAGGCCCAACUCAAUACACAGGGGUUGUCCUGGGCUUCCAAUCAUCAGUCUGACCGUGAAUGGCUAGAAAUUGAUCUAGGAGACAGAAGGAAAAUAACUGGUAUUGUUACUACAGGCUCCACAUUGCCAAACUUUAACUUUUAUGUGAAAUCUUUUAUUAUUAACUUUACAAGAGAUGGAUUGAAGUGGAGGACUUACAAGGGAGCAAUGAACAAUGAAGAAAAGGUAUUGGAGGGGAACUCAGACUAUGAAGAUCAGACUCGUAACAACUUGAUUCCUCCUGUUGUGGCACGAGCUCUCCGUAUAAUACCACGUUCUUGGAACCAAAGGAUUGCUAUGAAAGUGGAACUUAUAGGAUGCGCUCUUUCACAGUCUCACAACUCAUCCACCCACCCCAUGUGGAAGAAGCCAAAUGAAAAGAGGACCAAAAUCCCAGUAAAAGAGGAAGAGAACAUCACUGAGCCAGUUCCAUCAGAAGAAAAUGACUUUGGGUGGAAACUUAUUGUUGUCCUUAUCCCAGUGGUGCUAGUUCUGUGUAUAAUCGUGACUGGGAUCGGUAUAUGCAUAACCCGGAGAAAUAGAUUGAAAACAGACACUUACAAAAAAGAGGAACAAAAUGGCGGGUGCUGGAAACAACUCGAACAGCCUUUCAUGAGACAGCAGUCAACAGAGUUUACUAUCAGCUACGCCAGUGACAAAGAUGUGAUGCAGAAGUUUGACUUUGUCAAGUGUGACACAGAAGAUUUUGAGCAGUCCCUCAUGAUUGGCGCUGGCACAGUGACGAGGAAAGGAUCCACAUUCAAGCCCAUGGACACAGAGACCGGCGGCCAGGAUCAAGAGAACCACUAUGACUGCCCUCUAAGGACCAAUGAAUACGCAUUACCGCUGACUUACCCGGAGCCUGAGUAUGCAACCCCAAUUAUAGAGCGCCAUGUCAUGCGGGACCACACCUUCUCCCCAGAGUGUGGCUACAAUGUCCCUGUGGUGUCCCUGAACCGCAAUCACUCUUUCUCUGGUGUCAGCUUUUCUAUCUCAUCCAGUGCAGAAGACAGUGGAGGGGACUACCAAACACCCCACAGCAUGCACGUAGAGGAGUGCGACUAUGACCGGCCGAAAGUCCAUAGUACUUGGGCUGCGUCAGACUGUGGCGAUUACCAGAAGCCGCAAUACUGCACAUUAGCGGCAGAUGGUUACUCUUCUCCGAGAGACUGCUUAAAGCCCAUAAACCAGACUGCAAUAACAGCUCUCUUAUGACUCUCUCCAGAGGACAACAGACUUGAAUAACCCCAUCUAUGAAUGUUACUGCCCAGCUGCUGGACAUCUGCGUUGUUUACAUGACUUUUUUUAUGGUUUAUAUAGUGAUGUUGCUCAAGGCUGAUAAGAAACGUCAAAAGUGAGUGGUGUACAGUAUCAGAGGCCCCCGGUUACUCUGUGAGAUUUGUGCAAUGUGUACAGAAGAUAUUUAAGAGGACCUCAGUCACUUUUCCUCUCUUCUAUUGAGACUUGAUGUUAUAUUGACUUUUAUGUAGUCGCUUUGGGACAGACCACGGCUCCAAACGUGACUUUUCUGGUGCAUUUUUAUUUUUCAAGAUGAAUAUUAUUAACACUGUGAAUGUUUAACAUGUAAACUUGCUUUAAUUUAUAUACCCUGUAAGACAGGAAUGGUUUAUGGAUACCCAAAUUCAAGGAGGAAAGUACCUUUUUUAUGGGAGGGAUGAGAAGAAAAAAAUUGGGUGCUCUAGUU